AUGGCAGAUUCAAAAAGCAGGAAGCAAGCUACCCUGGGGCGAUUUUUCGGCUCGAACUCAGACCCCAAAGAAGCUCCCAAGAAACAGACUACGCUAUCAUUUUCGAACAAGAAGAGCAAGUCCGCCAAAAAAGAUAGUGAAUCGGAAACGGCGCAAGAUCCGGAACCCGUCAAUGGACAUGGAACUAGUGGAGACGCGAAUGGUGGUGCUGACACGGUAGACUCAGCCAUCAAGUCGAAGCAAGAGGCUGUCAAGGCAGACGAGCCUGUCGAUCAGAACAAAUUGAAGAGAGAAAACAGCAGUGAGGAUGAAGAUAGUGAUGUCCAGCCUGUCAGCAAGCGCCGCCGCAAGACAUCCCGAGGGGACGAAGCUGCCUCCUCUCCCAAACGAAAAUCCCCAUCACCUAAAAGCCCCAAGAAGCGGUCGCAGUCAAGAGAGCGCUCGCCGCCAGCUGUCAUCGAGAAGGCAUCAGGCGAGAAAACACCGCAAAAAGAAUUGAGCGUCUCGGAUGAUGAAGUAGCAGAAGAGGAGGCACAGUCUGCCAGUGAGGACGAAGAGAAGCCCGAGGUGAAGAAGAAAAAGAUUGAGAAGGCUCAGGCUACGUUGAAGGCUGCUGGAAAUGAGCCUUAUCCGGAUUGGAAAGCUGGCGACCCAGUUCCGUAUGCCGCGCUCUGCACGACCUUUUCCCUUAUCGAGAUGACCACGAAGCGAUUAGUGAUCUUGGCUCAUUGCUCUCUGUUCCUUCGCCAAGUAUUGCGACUCACACCCCAAGAUCUUCUCCCUACUGUUCAACUUAUGAUCAACAAGCUGGCCGCGGAUUAUGCUGGAAUUGAACUGGGCAUCGGCGAGUCUUUGAUUAUGAAGGCUAUUGGCGAGAGUACCGGACGUAGUCUGGCAGUGAUUAAGACAGACCAACAUGAAAUCGGAGAUCUUGGCUUGGUGGCCGCCAAGAGUCGGUCUAACCAGCCAACUAUGUUCAAGCCGAAGCCAUUGACUGUUCGCGGAGUGCACGAAGGUCUCCUUGGUAUUGCCAAGGUCCAGGGCCAUGGUUCCCAGGAUAAGAAGAUUUCCGGUAUCAAAAAGCUGCUGUCGGCAGCCGACGCAGCAACAGCAGGUAAAGGAAGCAAAGGCAUUGAUAUCACCAAGGACAAAGGCGGACCUAGUGAAGCCAAGUACAUUGUUCGAUUCUUAGAAGGAAAGCUCAGACUUGGACUGGCUGAAAAGACCGUGCUUGUUGCCCUUGCCCAAGCUGUCGUCGCACACGAGGCCGCUAUGGAGGGCCACAAGACUCCCUCUGCCGAGAAAUUGGCCGAAGGUGAGGCCAUUCUGAAGACUGUUUACAGCGAACUGCCGGCGUAUGAAGUGAUUAUACCAGCCAUCCUCGAGCAUGGCCUCUCCAACUUGCCAAAGGUUUGCAAGCUGCAGCCGGGUAUUCCCCUCAAACCCAUGCUUGCCAAACCCACCAAGUCCAUCACUGAAGUGCUUGACCGGUUUGAAGGAAAGGAGUUCACCUGCGAGUACAAGUAUGACGGGGAACGAGCACAAAUCCACUACGUCGCUCCUGACUCGAUCCAUCAAUAUCCGGGUGCGACAGCCACCUUGAAGAAAGAUGCCAAGGGUCUCAGUGCGAUCUUUUCGCGUAAUUCUGAAGACCUAUCGAAGAAAUACCCUGACGUUCUAGCCAAGCUUGAUGGCUGGAUCAAAGAGGGCGUUCAAAGCUUUGUACUAGACUGCGAGACUGUUGCUUGGGAUACGGAGAACAAGAAGGUUCUGCCAUUCCAACAACUCAUGACUCGCAAGAGGAAGGAUGUCAAAGCGGAAGAUGUCAAGGUCAAGGUUUGCAUAUUCGCCUUUGACCUUCUAUUCCUGAAUGGCGAGCCUACAGUUAAGAAGUCCCUACGAGAACGCCGUGAGCUGUUGCAUGAAUCCUUUCAGGUGACUGAAGGAGAAUUCCAGUUCGCUCAGUACGGCAACACCAACGUACUGGAUGAAAUCCAGACUUUACUUGAUGACAGUGUGAAGGCAUCGUGUGAAGGUCUGAUGGUCAAAAUGUUGGACACGGAGGAAAGUGGCUACGAGCCUAGUAAACGAAGUCGGAAUUGGCUCAAGGUCAAGAAGGACUACCUCAGUGGGGUUGGUGACUCUCUCGAUCUUGUUGUACUAGGUGCCUACCAUGGCCGAGGCAAGCGCACAUCAGUCUACGGUGCGUUCCUUUUGGCUGCGUACAACUCGAGUACACAAACAUACGAGACGAUCUGCAACAUCGGCACAGGAUUCUCGGAAGCGGUCCUGGAAGAGUUCUACAAUGCACUCUCCCCUUUGACGAUUGAUCGGCCCAAGCCCUUCUACUCCCAUUCAAACGUACCCAAGGACCAGCCCGAUGUAUGGUUCGAACCGCGGUUAGUGUGGGAGGUCAAGACUGCGGAUCUGACGCUCAGUCCUCGAUACAAGGCAGCGGCAGAUGAAUUUAUGGGAACGACUGGGGGAGGAAAGGGCGUAUCUCUUCGCUUUCCCCGAUUCAUCAAGUCCCGAGACGAUAAGAAGCCCGAGCAGGCAACGACCACGCGGGCCGUGGCGGAGAUGUACCGCAAGCAAGAAGCGGUCCAGAAGGAGAAUGCUGGCAAGGGAGGAGUGGAUGAUGAUUUCGAGUACUGA